GUACGCUCAAAAUGGCUAUGUAGUUGUUGGCAGAUUUGUUUACAAUUAUCGUUUUUAUUUAAUUAGAAAUAAAUGUGUAAAAUAGUUUAAGUAUUCAUUUAAUUUCAUUGAGCAGUAUUAAUUCAAUUUAGUGUAUAGUACCGGGAAAAUGUUGAAUACAAGUUUUUUGUACGAAAAGAGGCCUUUGAAAAAGCCUCGGAUCGGUCCCCCUGAUGUAUAUCCACAAGAACCAAAGCAAAAAGAGGAUGAACUUACCAGCAUAAAUGUUAAACAUGGUUUUCCAACCAUGACCCAUCUCAGCGAUGAAUUUGGAACAGCAAGAAAUUGUAAUGUUACAGCUAGCAAGGUCGGUGCAUACUUUAAUGCAAUUAUUGCACGCAAAGAAGAAUUAUCUAUGUUGCCUGAUUCGGGCCGAAAGAGACAACAAAUCAAUCCUAAAGAUAAUUUUUGGCCUGUUACAAAUAGGACUAAAAAAUCACAUAGAAGCUUGGUUUAAAGAUUUAUCUGGCAACAAACCUUUAAUGAAUUUAUCUAAGAGAGCUCCAAAUUUUAAUAAAAAGGAAGAAAUAUUUGUAAUGUUAACUGAAUAUCAAGUUCCCAUGUUAAGAGCAGCUUGGUUUAUAAAACUUAGUUCUGCUUACACUGUUGCUGUUUCUGAGGCUAAGAUAAAGAAAAGGCAAAUGCCUGAUCCAACUACAGAAUGGACUGGCACAACACUGAAGUUCCUUAAAGAUCAAAUACCAAAAUUGCAAGAGUACUAUUGCCAAAAUGAAAAACCUGCCAAUUCUACAAUUAAUGCUGUUCAUACAAAUGAGACUGAACAGAAGCUUGCUCUACGUCACUGGAAUUAUUGUACAAGACUGUUAAAAUAUAUGUAUGAAGAAGGACUAAUGGAUAGACAAGAAGUUCUAACUUGGUUAAUAGAACUCUUAGAAAAACAAAAAUCUCAACAACCUUCUGAUGACGGCAUUUUAAGAUUAUUUUUACCUAUUACCUUACAAUAUUUAGAUGAAUUUGUUCAGUCGGAACUAUUAUCAAGACGCUUGGCACAUUUUUGCACAAAAAAACUGGGAAGUAUGCUUAGUACUGUUGCUGAUACUAAUGUAAUGACAUCACCUCCUAGUGAGAGCAAGACUGAACAGAAAGAUUCUGAAAAGGAAAAGAAGGAAACUACACCCACUAAUCCAUUACAAAACACUAUGAUUGAGUAUCAAAAUUGUCCUCAUCAUCGGGAUAUAAUUCUCCAACUUAGUACCACCAUCCAAACCAUAGUAUUAGAAUGCCCCACUGGUCUUGUAUGGUGCGGUACAGGAAUUGGUACAAUUUGGCAUGGUUCUCCCUUAGAUAAUUUGCCAAUAUUACCAUCACUGCUACCUGUACCACCAAGGUGCGAUAUGAAUAGUUAUAGAAAACAAAUAAUGUAUGCUGAAAAUUGCAUAAGAGAGAGAAGUAAAAAAGCUGAAGGAAGAUGGUGUACUGAUAAAUGGCAGGCCUCUCCAGCAGGUACAGUUACUACCAGAGUGUUAGCAGCAUUAGAUGCUUUGGAUAGACACCGUUUUGACAAAAUGGAUUCCACAAAUUCAUUAGACACUUUAUAUGCAAAGAUAUUUAACAAUAAUGACCAAGAAAAUGCUGUAGUAAAACUUCUUUGUGAAUGGGCAGUAUCACCAGAAAGAACUGGCGAACACAGAGCACUAGGAGUUGCCGCUUUACUAGACAGACGACAGUCUGAUACUAAUCCGACUGGAGAUCAAGAAACCACUGCCGGAGAUGAUAAGGACUCAAAUAGUAGCGUUCCUGGAGGACCGCCAAUGUUUCAAUCUCUUUUAAUGAAGUUUUUAGAUAAUGAUGCCCCUCUGCCAACUCCAGAUGAUUGUCCAAUGAAAAAAACAGCAUUCUCCAAUUUGGUACAUUUGUUUUCUGAAUUAAUUCGACGAGAUGUAUUUUCGCAUGAUGCUUACAUGUGCACACUUAUAUCAAGGGGAGAUCUUUUGGGACUAGAAGAAAAUACAGACAAUGUUUCCAAUCAUCAUCAUCAUACAAAAAUGGAGCCAAUGGAUUGUGAUGACAACAUCGACCACGACAUCGAUAAAAUUCUUCAAAAUAUUAAAGAGGAUCAACAAAACUCGAUGGACUUUCCAGAUAGUCCCAAGGAACAUGAUCAUAGUCACCACUCUCAUGUUCCGUCAUCUAUGGGACACGUACCAAUGGAAACCGAUCACAAUGACCACAAAGUUAAACCUUCGAGGCAUUUAUUAUACACUACACACUUUCCUUUGAGUCAAGAUGAUCCAUUUUCGCAACACGACUGUAAUCAGAGACAUGUGCUUUUGUAUGGGGUUGGGAAAAUCAGAGAUGAGGCAAGGCACACUGUAAAGAAAAUGUCGAAAGAAAUCUGUAAACUUUUUUCAAAAAAAUUCAGUAUCGAUGUAGCCGAAGGAGGAAAAGUAAAAAAACAGCGCAACGAGUUUAAUUUUGAAUCAACUACACAGAAAUGUCAAAGUCUUUCUUAUUUCGAUCAACAUCUAGUGACUUGGCAAUGCAGCGUUACUGUUAUAGAAAUGUUGAAUUCUUUUGCAACAGGAAAUUCCAAUUAUUUACCCGUUCAGGAACAUGUUGCAUUUCUUUUCGAUUUGAUGGAACUAGCAUUAAAUAUUUAUGGAUUGAUUGACGUUUGUAUCCAAAUUUUAAAGGAAUUACCUGAAGUAGAAACUCAAUUGUAUAACAAAAAUUUGGUUUUGAGCAGAAAUUAUACUACGUCGCUUAGCUUAUAUGUUGUUGGAGUAUUAAGAAGAUACCAUUGUUGUUUAUUAUUAUCUCCAGAGCAAACUUCAGCGGUAUUUGAAGGUCUUUGCAAGGUAGUGAAGCAUGUUUCAAAUCCUGGUGACUGCAGUUCAGCCGAACGGUGCAUUUUGGCUCAUCUCUACGACCUGUACUCAUCCUGCAGCCUUUUAAAAUCGAAACCUCAUGCAGCGGAGCCUUUUGGCAACGCUUAUCCCAAAAUCAAACAGGCUCUUUAUACUUCGCCUCAACCUACGCCAAGUAAUAUUUAUGUUUAUAAUGCACAAUACAUGCAGGAACUAUUUAUUAACCCAAGAAGAGCAGGAAGGAUUGAUACUGCAUUGGCAAAACAAUUGAAUGAAAGUGGUAAUAAUAGGUACUCUUUUGUGAGCAAUGCAGUGAUCCACGUAUGCAGGGAAAUUGACAACGAAAGAUUGAACGAUUUAGCCAUUUUAUGUGCCGAAAUGACAGCCUGUUGCAACUCUUUGGCAUCUGAAUGGUUGGGUGUGUUAUUGGCACUUUGUUGUCCAUUGUCUCAUCCCGGAUAUUAUGCUGAAGUUUUGAAUCAGCUAGAUAUUCAGGUAAAGGACGUCAGCAUUCACAAUGCUUUGGCUGUUUUUACUUGCAUUUUGAUAGCAAGACACUGUUUUUCGCUAGAAGAUUUUGUUAGACGAGUGGCUUUACCAAGUUUACUAAAAGUAAAAUCCCUUGACAAUGGAGAAGGCAGAGCUGAAGGAGGCAUGAGAUUGACAUGCCACCUCCUGUUAAGGUUGUUUAGAACUGCAGAGGGACCACAACCGGGGUUAUAUACAGUUGGGUCUCCACCAUUGACCGUCCCAAGAACUCCUCUAGGCGUUAGACUUAGUUGUGACCGCCAUCUUUUAGCUGCAGCUCACAGGAAUAUCCACGUUGGACCGGUGUUAGCAGUACUGAAAGCAGUAUUAAUUGUUGGAGAUGCUACUGCGAAAGAGGGAACAGAAUUGAGUUUGAGUAAUAUUUUAGGCACUAGUGACCUGCACAGUGGAGGAGAUGGACCGAACAUAGAUUUACCGAUGAACGUGGAUGUGUGCGGAUCUAGGACGACACAUAGACAAUCAAGUACCGGAAAUGCCGAAAGUACAGCCUCCUUAUCAGCAUUCGCUUGUCAUGUUUUAAGAGAAAUUUGUUCGCAACAAUGGGUUUUAGAACGAUGUCUUUCUUCAGACGAACUAUGUCAUGUUGACAACCUACUGGACCCGUUAUUAUCACAUUCUCAGGCUCAACGACUGUUACACAUGAUAUGUUAUCCUGAUGCAGGGGCCAGUAUAGAUUCAUUAGAUCAAAAGGCAAUGAUAACACGGAUAUUGGAGAAUUUAGAGCAAUGGACUCUGCGAAUGUCAAUUUUAGACCUUCAACUAAUGUUCGAACAAUUCUCUCCAAAUUCUCCAGAUCUUUCGCAGUGGUUAGAUACAGUCGCCAAGGCAGCAAUUGAUGUUUUCCAGCUCAACGCUCCCUAUGAUAACCCCGUUCCUGAAGAGAAGAAGAACGAGAAAAAACAGCAGGCAUCAAUUUGGUUAGUUGCCCCUCUUAUAUCGAAACUACCUUCUGCCGUCCAGGGUCGUGUUCUAAAAGUUGCGGGACAGGUUUUGGAAAACGGCGGUUGGUGCAAAGAACAAAAAAACAAGCCAAGAAGUUGCGGUGGAGAGGGACAAAGUUUGGCAACGCAUCAGCCUUUCUUACAGUUGGUGUUAACGUGUUUAAGAGGCCAAGAAGAAGGAUUAAGGGAAGGGUUGUUGAGUUCUUUACAUCAGCAGUUGUCUCAACUUGUCCAACAGGCGAAAGAGGGUAACCUUCAAGACAUUUGCGGCACAGAAAGAACUCUUGAUGCUCUUCAAUUGCGUUUUGCCUUAGUAGGAGGGGUCUAUGAAGCCUUUCAGAGAAAUCCUUCCGCUACCACCGAUUGGGCUCUGUUAUUAGUACAACUAAUCACUCAUGGACUUAUAGAUCUUCAUACUCAUAGCGAUCUAUUUACUGUAGUUGUAGACAUGUUGGCAACGUUGGUGCAUUCAGCUAAAGCAACUGACAGUCAGGACGAUAGUAGAAAAAUGUAUCCAAACUUAUUAAAGAAAUUAAAAAAAGAAAUUGGCGAUAAACAAAAUGCAUCUUUACAACAUGUCCGACAAUUACUGCCAUUGCUUAGAGUUCAAACUGAGGUGAUAGCUGUUGAAUCUGCUGGUUCUGGUAAAGGAAAUAAAAUGAAUUUUGACAGUGUGGAUAAAAAACAUGACCUCCAGGUAACUGAUAAACAACGUGUUAGCAAUUGGGAUAUUCUCGAAGGCAUGAAAAAUCCAGCACCCCUAUCUUGGGCUUGGUUUGGUGCAGUAAGGUUGGAAAGGAAAGCCAUAGCAUGUGAAGACACCUUUAGGCUUCUUAAAUUCCACACACAUAACCUUCAGAAACCGGCUUCCCAUUAUUUGGAUCCACCGCCCUUGCCUCCAGAGGAUUUGGAACCAAUUCCAGAUAAACCAUUUCUGCAAGCUGACACUCCAACAUCAGUCGAUCAAUCCCCAGCUGGAGCAGUUGGAAAAGGUCGUGGGAAAGGUCAGAGGAAACCCAGAAAACCUAAAAGUGUUCCAGGACCAAUGCAUGUCACCCCCAUGGCCAUGCAGUCUCCCAUGGGUCAAACUCAACCUGGAAUGUCUAUACAAGUCCAGGGUAACAACGCUCAAAUGGGACAUAAUAUGGGUGCGUACGCCCAAUCUCCUGGUAUGCAACCUCAAGGCCAACAGUAUGUGAGUAAUUCGGGACAACAGAAUUGGUACGGCCAGAAUCCUCAACCAGGAUAUUACCCUCCUAUGCCAGUUAACAGAUUUGAACGUCCACCUCAGCAAAUUAACCAGUCAAAGCAAGCUCUCUCGAACAUGUUACGAUCAAGACACCCACUUAAUACUUAUAUUCCCGGUAUGCAGAAUAACCCUGGAGCACCUCAACAGCAGCCUGGAAAUUAUGCACAAAUGCAGAGAGGCUUUCCGAGACAACCUAUGCGGCAACCUCAUCCAAAUACUAUUCAACCAAAUCAGGGAAUGUUUCCUCAACAAUACAGCAACAUGCAAGGUAGUAUGGGACAGCAGUAUAGUAAUUAUGGUGGAAAUCCCCAGACUAUGAUGCAAGGCAAUAUGCAGAGUAAUCAGCAGAUGAUGCAAGGAGCGCAGAGCAAUAUGUUUGCUGGUCAACAACCAGGUUUUGGUCAACCACGUCCCGCUCAACCCGAUUACCGUCAAAUGACCCAAAACCCUCGAGCCUCCUACAUGCAACAAGCACCUAACGUGACAAUGAAUACCAACAUGGGCACAAUGGGUGGCAUGGGAGGACAAACAGGACCUGCACCGCCAUAUGCUCGUACAGCCGCCCAAGGUAUGCAGCCCAACGUCCAAAGCCAAACAACCCAAUUUCAGCAACAACAACAGAGAAUGAGGAUAAUGGCUAUUCAGCAACAACAGCAGCAGCAACAACAACAACAACAACAACAGCAGCAGCAGCAACAACAACAAGCCGGUGGUCCGCAGGGCAAUCAACCCUCGCCGGCUUUGGUGGCCCAUUUACAGAGACAACAGCAAAUGAAUCAAAAUCCUUAUCAUCAACCCCCACCAUAUAAUAUGCAGUGAAUGAGGAAGUGGAAAUGUGAUCUUUUUUAUUAUCUGAUUAAAGUAUUAAACAUUCUUAAACGUAUUGUAUAUUAUUAUUAUU